UGUCGGCGGGUGGGGAUUUGGGUCCGGAACUGGGAAUUAGGGCUCCAAUCGAUCGAGUAAUCAAACCUCUUGUCCUCUCCCUUCUAUGUCCUCCUCGCCCUCCUCCUCCUCCUCCUCCUCCUCCUGCUCCACGCUGCCAGCGGCCGACGGCGGUGCACGGUCGGCGGUGGACGAUGCCCACCAGAGAUUUUUCUCGGUCUUAGAAAGUGAAGGAAGCUGAGAUUAUAAAGAAAGAUUCUUUGCUGCUGGACAUUUGCAGUAGCCAGGAGUGCCUCACAAAUGUUACCCCAAAAGCGGCCGCACCCUGACUCAAAGACAAAACUUCCUCCACUCUCUGAGACUGAGCGUGUCCUCUAUGAGUUGAUCAAGAGCAAGCAGAACCUUGGAAUAUGGACAGCUGACAUGAAAAGAGAGACAGGUCUUCAAACCACUGUUGUCACUAAAACCCUGAAGUCCCUCCAAAAUAAAAAUCUUAUAAAAGAUGUUGUUAACAUUCACAAUAAGGCAAGAAAAAUUUACAUGGCUGUGGAGUUCGAACCAUCAAAAGAAAUAUCAGGUGGUUCUUGGUAUUCAGAUGGAAGCCUUGAUACAGAUUUCAUUAGGAUUCUACGAGAGCAGUGUUUGAAGCAUAUUGAGAGGCUCCAGGUUGCCACGAUGGAAGCUAUAUACAAGUCCAUCCAAGAAUCACGGGUAUUUAAAGUUGAGUGUACGAUGCAGCAGAUUGUUGAAAUUGUUAAUGCAAUGGUUCUGGAUAAGGAGGUCGAGGAAUUGAAGAGUACUGGGAUUGGAGAUUUCUCUAAAGUUCAAUCAGGGAAGAUUUGCUACAGGAGCUUAAAAGGUAGAGAAGGUCCCAAAGUAGGUUCAUUUUCAUCAAUUCCUUGUGGAGUUUGCCCACGGAUAAGCGAGUGCACACCAGAUGGAAUUAUCUCACCAAAGACUUGUAUCUAUUACAACAAGUGGCUUAAAUUGGAAUUUUAGAUGUGAACUUGUUAUCCUGGAGAAAUAUUUCUAGGCUUUUAUGAACCACAACUCUCUGGGUGUUUUGAGGUUCAGGUUUUUUCCUUUACGAAUCCAAAGAAGGAGAUCAGAAUCUUGUGAAUGUAUACUUUGAAAAUUGUUUCUAGGCCUUUUUCUGUAUCAGUACACUUGCUCACUGAUUAUUAUUUUCAUUUGCUGAAAUUUUAGCAAAGCUUUGCAUGUAUUGCUCCA